AACUUCUUCCUAUUCAAACGCCCAAAAAAUAUGGAGAUAUUAAUGGAAAACGAGCGUUUACAUGCCAUAUAUAAAUCCCAUUUCCCCUUUGUAGCUUUUCAUAAAAACAAUCCGUUUGUAUUCAACACAUUUCAAUCGCACGAAUCUCAAAACAAGAACCAUGAACAACGCUCAGAGCGCAGAAAUGAAAGCUGGCCAAGCCAAGGGCCAAGUCGAAGAGAAGGGCAAUCAGCUGAUGGACAAGGCUGGCCAAGCUGCCCAGUCUGCUCAGGACUCCGUUCAGCAGGCUGGACAGCAGGUGAAGGAAAGUGCACAAGGAGCUGCAGAAGCAGCAAAAGAUGCAACUGGUAUGAACAAAUGAACCUCUAGGGAUCAUUUCAUCAACCAUCAUAGCAACCUCUUCAAUUAACCCCC